UUUAGUUAAAAUUAAAAAAAAAAAUCCCAGACACAUUGAUCUGAUAUGGCUUCUCUCAAUACCUCCAUAAUUUUCAUGCUUCUAUUCACAUUGCUUAGCUACAGCAGCGAAGCAGCACCAACAUACAGCUCUCAUGCCUGUGAUAAUGCCACUACUUUCACGCCCAACAGCACCUACCAAGCCAAUAUGAAGACGCUUUUAUCCUCUCUUUCUUCAAAUACCAGCAGCAGUAAGAACGGAUUUUACAACACCACAGCAGGGCAGGACCCCAAUUUGGUCUACGGAACUUUUCUUUGCCGGGGAGAUGUUUCAGCUAAUCUCUGUCAAGACUGCGUCGCCAGUGCGAGCAACGACAUAGCUCAACGCUGUCUAACGGAAAAAGUGGGUGUGAUUUGGUACGAUGAGUGUACUGUGCGGUACUCUGAUCAAAACAUUUUCUCCAUCAUUCGUGAGGUACCGGGGGUGGAUAAAAGCAGUUCAGCAAGCAUCACGAACAAAGAUCGUUUUAAUCAGUUAUUGUCAAACGUAAUGACAAGCUUAGAGAACCGAGCUGCGUAUGAGGACCAAUCGGGCAAAAGAUUUGCAGCUGGUGAAGCGAAUUUUACUAGCUCCCAAAAACUGUACAGCCUAGUGCAGUGCACCCCGGAUUUAACCGAUGCACUUUGCUUCAGAUGCCUCCAGAGUGCCAUUGCUACUAUUCCAACAUGCUGUGAUGGGAAACAAGGUGCAAGAGUUUUGCUUCCAAGCUGUAAUAUCAGAUAUGAAAUGUUUCCUUUCUACCAACUCAAUGGCACCACAUCACUGGUUCCUUCACCUUCCUCACCAAACUCAACUAAAGGAAAAAGAAAGAUCUCUUCACCAAUUAUCAUCGCCAUUGUUGCUCCAAUAGUUAUCAGUUUGGUGCUUUUGGCGUUAGCCCUGUUUUUGCUGAGAAGGAGGGCAAGCAAGAAAUACGAUUCAUUACCUGAAGAAAAUGUUUCAGAAGAAAUCACAACUUCAGAAUCCUUGAAAUUUAAUUUGGCCACAAUUGAAGCUGCGACGAACAAUUUCUCUUCGGAUAACAAGAUAGGUGAAGGUGGAUUUGGCGAGGUCUACAAGGGUAAACUAUGUAAUGGACAAGAAGUAGCCGUAAAGAGGUUAUCUAAGAGCUCUAUCCAAGGAGCGGAACAAUUCAAGAAUGAGGUGGUACUGUUAGCGAAGCUACAACACAGAAAUCUUGUGAGGCUGCUGGGAUUUUGCUUGGAUGGACAAGAAAAGCUACUCAUUUAUGAAUAUGUGCCAAACAAAAGCCUUGACUACUUUCUAUUUGACCCUGAAAAACAAGGAAAUUUGGACUGGUCAAGACGUUACAAAAUUAUUGGAGGGAUUGCUAGAGGACUUAUUUAUCUUCAUGAAGAUUCUCGACUAAGAAUCAUCCAUCGUGAUCUCAAAGCUAGCAAUGUGUUGUUGGAUGAGGAUAUGAAUGCAAAAAUUUCAGAUUUUGGCACUGCAAGGAUUUUUGGUGUGGAUCAAACUCAGGCGAACACAAGAAAAAUUGUUGGAACAUUUGGCUAUAUGUCUCCAGAGUAUGCAAUGCAUGGAAAGUUCUCUAUGAAGUCAGAUGUUUUUAGCUUUGGGGUCUUAAUACUAGAAAUUAUAAGCGGCAGAAAGAAUAGUUCGUUUUAUCAAUCAGAUGGUGCUGACAACCUCCUAAGCUAUUCUUGGAAGCAUUGGACAAAUGGAACUCCCUUGGAAUUGUUGGAUUCCAAUUUAAGAGCAAACUGUUCAAGAAAUGAAGUUGUUAGAUGUAUCCACAUAGGCCUGUUAUGUGUUCAGGAAGAUCCAGCAAAUAGGCCUACAAUGACAAGAGUAGGUCUUAUGCUUGACAGUUACUCUGUUUCUUUACCGUUACCUCAGAAACCAGCAUUUUUCCUUCGUUCCAGAAAUGAGUUGAGUCCACAAGGAAAGGGGCUGAAAUCAUCUGAUCAAUCUUCUAGUAAAUCAACCACACUGUCUAUCAAUGAAGUGUCGGUUACUGAAUUAGAGCCUCAGGAGAUUGGAUCAGGCUUGAUGCCUUCCUUCAAGCUUUCCUUUGUGCUUGUGUUUCUCUCCAUCUUUUGCCCCACAGCUGAAGCCGAGCCAACUUUCUUGUACCAUAUCUGUUAUGACAAUGGCACAAGCUUGGCAAGAAACAGCAUCUAUGAAACCAAUCUCAAUCUCCUCCUCUCUUCUCUCUCCUCCAACGCCAACCGCAGCGAUGGAUUCUACAACGCCUCGGUGGGGCAGCAGGCCCCUGACAAGAUCUACGGUCUCUUUCUUUGUCGAGGUGAUGUUACCUCAGAUAUUUGCCAAAACUGCGUCACCGCUGCGGCCCAAAAUGCCACUCGUCUUUGUUCUUUCGUAAGAAGUUCUGUGAUUUGGUACGACAAGUGCAUGCUGCGUUACUCGAAUGCAUCUUUCUUUUCCACCAUGGACAACAGGCCUAGCGUGGUCAUAUGGAAUAACAAGACUGUCACGGAAGAAGAAGACUUCAUCGACGUAGUGGCAUCGCUGGUGAAAGACGUGGCAAGCAAGGCAGCAGACGCUCCGAUGGGUGCCAAAAAGUUUGCAACGAAAGAGGCAAAUCUUAAUGGGUCUCAAACGCUGUACAGCCUUGCACAGUGCACGCCAGAUCUUUCCGAUGUCGAUUGCGACUUGUGCCUUCAGAGUGCACUUACGGAGUUCUCAGAUUGUUGUCGUGAAAAACAGGAAGCAACCCAAGCUAGUUCAUUGAUGCCUAGCUGCAAUGUUCAAUAUGGAUUAUCCCCAUUGUAUAACGAAACUGCAGGGGAAGCGCCGGGGUCUGAGCCAUCCCCUCUACGGCCAAAAAAUUCAGGCAAAAGGAAGAUCUCGUCACAGAGACUUAUUUACAUUAUUGUUCCAACGGUUGGUUUCUUGGUGGCCUUCUCCACUUUUUGUUGCUACAUUCUAAGAAGGAAAGCAAGGAAGAAAUUAUAUGCGCUAAAGGACCAAAAUGAUAAAAGCAAAGCUAGAACCAAGCAAUCUUUGCAAUUUGAUCUGAGUACAAUUGAAGCAGCUACAAACAACUUCUCUGAUGCUAACAAGAUUGGUAUGGGUGGAUUUGGCAGUGUGUAUAAGGGUGUACUUGCAAAUGGUCAAGAAAUAGCAGUGAAGAGGCUAUCAAAAAGUUCUAAACAAGGUGCAGAACAAUUCAAGAAUGAGGUUGUAUUGGUGGCCAAACUUCAGCACCGGAAUCUCGUGAGGCUGUUAGGAUUUUGUGCAGAAGGAGAAGAGAGGAUGCUCCUCUAUGAAUUUGUGCCCAACAAAAGCCUGGACUACUUCCUAUUUGAUCCUGAAAAGCAAAAACAAUUGGAUUGGUCAAGACGUCUCAAGAUAAUCAAAGGAAUUGCUCGGGGGCUUUUGUAUCUUCAUACAGAUUCAAGGCUCAAGAUUGUGCAUCGUGAUCUCAAACCUAGUAAUAUCUUGUUGGAUGAGGAUAUGAAUCCCAAAAUAUCAGAUUUUGGCAUGGCAAGAAUUGUUGAAGAAAAUCAAAACCUUGAACAAACCAAGAAGAUUGUUGGUACAUAUGGUUACAUAUCUCCAGAAUACGCACUGCAUGGACUAUUCUCUUUCAAAUCCGAUGUGUAUAGCUUCGGCGUCUUGACACUGGAAAUCGUACAUGGCAAAACAAACACUAGUUUCUUUAACUCUGAACGUGCGGAGAACCUUCUCAGCCAUGCUUGGAGGUGGUGGAAGCAGAGGACGCCGCUGGAGAUGAUGGAUCCAACCUUAAGAGAUUCUUACGUGAGUGAUGAAGUAAUUAGGUGCAUUCAGGUUGGCUUGCUAUGUGUCCAACAAAAUCCAAAUGCAAGGCCAAUGAUGGCAAAGAUUGUUUCCAUGCUUAGCAGCUCCGCCGUUUCUGUACCACCACCACAACAACCAGCAUUCUUUUUUGGUCCCCAGACAGCAGGAAGCACCUCGAUUGUGGAGCUGGGGUUUGAUCAACCAACAAGCAAGUCAAAAUGCUCAUCAAUAAACGAAGCAUCCAUCACCGAAUUUUACCCUCGAUAA